UUUUCCUCGGGAUUCACGCGGGUGCCGCCGCCGCUCCGGCGCUUCCCGCAUGCACAGGAUGGGGGAGGCCGUGGCCAGGGUGGCGCRGCGCGUCAACGACACUGUGGAGAACCAGCUGGACACGCUGGACCUGUCCGGGUGCAGCCUGGUCGCCUUCCCCGAGGGUGUGUGCAAGGCGGCGCGGCGCGCGGCCCACGCCGUGCGCCGCCUCUCGCUGGCCCACAACGAGCUGCGCGCGCUCGCCGGCUGCCUGGCCGCCACCUUCGCGCGGCUGCGAGAGCUGGACCUCGAGGGCAACCUGCUGCAGCGGCUGCCCGAGGAGCUGCGGCGCCUGCAGGAGCUGCGCGUCAUCAACCUGGCGCGCAACCGCUUCCGCAGCUUCCCGGAGCCGCUGGCCGCGCUCGGCGCGCUGCACACCGUGCGCCUGGAGCACAACGGCAUCGCGGAGGUGCCCGCGGAGCUGCUGGCCGCCAUGGGCGCCCUGCGGCGCCUCGACCUGCGGCACAACCCGCUGCGCGGCGCCCCCCGCGCGCCCGCCCACGUCCUCGUGGCCCUCGACGCCCAUUAA